AUGCCGAGUGCUGCUGGUCCCUCUGCCUCGCUGGCGAUUGUGCCGCCGGCGCAGGCGGCACAUGUGCAUACCCAGACAUCGACCCUGCAUCCCGAGCAUGGCGUGCACGAUGCGAUGCGCCAUGGCCUGCGGAGCCUGCACGACGAGACCGCCGCUGGCGCCAGCCACCCCCUGCAGCACCGCCUGGAAAGCUGGGACGAGACGCAGCGCCAGUGGAAGCUCACAAUGCAGCGCAACACAUUCGGGCUCGGUAUGCCCAUGCGCACGAUGAUGGAGCGCAAGAUCGUCUCGCAUACCCCGCACAUGCCAGCGCGCCGCGUCGCCAACGUGCACCUGGACAUCCUCGAUGGCCGCGACGAGACGCUCGACCCGAUCGACUUUCUUCCAUCGGAUGCACAUGGCGAGACCCGGGAUAUCCAUGCGGCUAUGGAGCGCAAGCUCGGCGUCUAA